CAAGCAGCGGCCUGGUUUUUAAAGAAGAGACGUUUGUUUCUGCGCAGCUCUUGCGCAGAGCGGAUGCGCUCGAAUAUACCAGCAGUGGUCUGAUUAUCAAAGAAGAGCCGUGAAAACAUUAUUGUGUUAUUUGUGUCGAGCAAAUUCACCUUUACCGAUUAAUUUACGUCAAUAAAUGAACAAUGAUCAGUCAGCAGUUGACUAGGAGAUGAGCCAGAUCUGAUCGUCGCUAAAAGAAGGAGGCGAGAUUUUACAUUUUUGACAGUAUGGCAAGCUGUGGCGAGGUCGAUCUUUCUGUGGACACCCUGACUUCUGGAAAGAAGGUGAGUGGAGAGUCUGUGGUGGAUGGAAGUCCCUCCUCUUCGUCUCCAUCACUGCCUGUACCGGAAUGCGCUAUCUGCCUUCAGACCUGCGUCCACCCCGUACGUCUGCCGUGCCGCCACAUUUUCUGCUUUCUGUGUGUCAAGGGAGCCUCCUGGCAUAGCAAGCGGUGCGCCCUCUGUAGACAGGAAGUGCCUGAGGACUUCCUGGAACGGCCCACUUUGCUUUCGCCCGAAGAGCUGAAGGCUUCGGCGACGGGUGGGCGCGGGACGGGUGCCGGCGGACACGCCUGGUACUACGAAGGACGUAACGGCUGGUGGCAGUACGACGAGCGGACUAGCCGAGAGCUGGAGGACGCGUUUAACAAAGGCAAGAAGAACGCUGAGAUGUUAAUCGCCGGUUUCUUGUACGUCGCCGACCUGGAGAACAUGGUGCAGUACAGGAGGAACGAACACGGCCGCAGGCGUAGGAUGAAGAGAGACGUGGUGGACAUUCCUAAGAAAGGUGUGGCUGGACUUAGACUAGACCCCGAUCCCAACGCUGUGGUGGCGGCGGGGUCAGGAACGGUCACCGCUGGGCCGGAUUUAAAUGUGGACGGAGCUGCGGUCGAACGAGAAAGCUCAGCAGAUGGAGCGGACACUGGGGUCAACAGCGCACGUUCUCAGGGCGUCUUUGUCCCCGCUCCCGUAAGGCCGCCUACUGUCUUGGGUGGUCACCUGACGAAUCCGGCUUCCUCCAGUGGUAUUCAACUUGUCCAGGCUCUGGCUCAUCUCAGUAUCAGCCCCUCUGAGCCUGAACCCGAGGAGGAAGAUGCAGAUGACGAAGACGAUUCUGUCACGCCAGAUGCCCCGGAGUCCGAAUCCGGCACGAGCGAGGACGAAGACGAAAACGCUGGAGACGAAGGUGCGGAGGGCACCCGGGGUAGGCAUAGACUGCAGCAGUUGGACAGACCGCCGCCUGGUGGUGGCCCUGCACAAAGCGGUGAUCGGUCCGGGUGCCCAGACGGUCAAUGCACUGUUACCAAGGUUUGACCGCAGCACAACUACAGGACUCCUACCCAAGCACCACAACUGUUGGGUAUUUCUAACCAAGCUCUGAAAUGCAAAAAAAUGAAUGACUGCACCAUUCAACUCACAGAAAUAUGGACCGGGGAAAGGGUGGGGACGGGGGUCAGAUGGUUUUAGUGUAUUAUUAGUGGUUGUCUUUUCUCUUAAUGUUAGAAGGCUGUAACAGGCCUGUAAUCUUUAAAUGGAAAUUAGAGGCAAAACUACAAUAAAACUUGCUUUUCAAUAUACCUAGACGGUCCAUUUGCAAGAUUACUUUAAAACGCUAAUGACAUAAAUAAAAAAACUGAUAGUUGGUAGAGCUCCCCAUUGCAUGAUGCUAAAACACAAUUGCCAUCACAAUAAUCCAGUGUGUGCUUUAUAAAAAAAAUAAUGCUGCCAUUUGGACUUGUGAAAAAAAUAUUUAGAUAAAAUACCAUUAAGCACAUUUAUGUUUUUUUUAAAUUGGGAUAUAAUUUUUAUGGGAAUUAAGCACAUUUACCCCUAAAUUCUCAUUGUAGAAAUUAAUCCAAUAUUUAUUCAUUUUUUCUGUAUUAUUUUCAGUGGUGACUUGCAUUACUGUUAUACAGAAAGCAUUAAAACUUAAUUUGGUAAUUUAAAUGCAAUUUAAAGCAAAUAUUACAAUAAUAGAUAAGUUGUGAUUUAAAUAACGUUAUCAUUUAAGGUUUUAUUUGCAUGAGGGUUGGUGGUGGCCUGGGGUGCCUGAUGCUCCUAAUAUUUUUGGGUGACAUGGGGAAAUUCAUGUUUUUAUCCCAUCAGAAGAUUUCACUACGUCUAGCUUGACUCCAGUCUCCAGUGACUAUGGAGUAGUAUGGUACAUAUGUACUGAGAUCAAAAUAUUUUUGAGAAAUGGCAUAUCAGUUUUUUAAUCACAUGAUCCUCUUACGUCAUGAUAUAAUGAGGUUAUCUUUAGCGUACCGAUUAGAACUUUAUUGGUGUCAUUAUUUUGAAAAUCAAUUUAUUUACUGUAGUUCCUUGCUUCUGAACCUUUCUGUUACAAAGGCGUCUAGAUAUAUUUUACGAUGUGUUUUUCUUGUUUGUGUUAAAUAACAAGAAUUAGAUGCAAUACCAUCAUUUCAAACGCUAAAUGUAAGGAAAAGAGAAUUUAUUGUAGUUUUGCCAAGGUUUCACCAGGAAAAGACCUUUCGAUCUGACAUUUGCUACUUAUAGUGUUUCAUUACGUGAGGUUUAAUAUCUUAACUGCGUGUGUGUGCAUUUGUGUUCAUUUUAAGCAACUUGUUUUUUUUUUCUUUUGCCUCAUCUUGGUGUGCUUCUCUGUGUUGAUAUGAGCGAGAGGACUUUGGCCCUUGUUUUGUUUUAUCAGAUGGUUAACUAGUACUCUCUGACCGAUUGAGUGCUUUUUAAGAUGUCCGAUUUGAAGUUUUUUGCAGUUUUAAUCUGUUAGGCCAGAAACGUUACGUGAGCGCAGAGUGCAUGACCAACGCACGAAUUGUGACAUUUCAAUCUAUAUGCUGCUUAAAUCACAAACUGGUUUGGUUUUUUUAACAUCGCUAAUUUUCAUCUUCAUUUGUUCAGAUUCUUUGUUGUCAU